GUGUUUACUUUUUAAGGGCAGAUAAUAAAAGGAUGAGAAAGCUUUUGUUGAUGAAAAAUCUAUAUAUACACCAGAUGCACAGUUACUUCUUAUUCAUCCUGUCCGCACACACCACCUUUCAUCUCUCCCGAUUCUUAAUCGACUAAUAAACCAUUUGGUCUGCAAUCCUAUACCCAUUUACCUGGGAGUAAGCCCCAUUGAACUCAGCGGAACUUACUUCUGAGUAUAGGAUUGCACGGCCAGGCUUUUAAGGUGCCGUGGAAGUGCAGCUUGUUAGCCCGGCUUCCCUUCUGAAUUCCGUCUCGGAGCUGGAAUCCGCCCUCGUUUCCUGGAGAAGGGGCGCAAACCCUUUGCGUUUGCGUGGACAGGGAGUCCUGCCCUGGCCGGAGCGCGCGUUUCUUGUAGGUCAGCGCCCGCGUCGUUCCUCCUUUUCUCGGCGGGGGCCGGGCUUCCCCUCCCCUCCGGUGGGAGUGGCUCAAGCAAAGGGAUCGGGACGGAGGGAGGAGGCUGAGGUUGUUGCUGAGCUGGGCUGUGAUGGUGAUGACGAAGUGAAAAUGGCGGAUCUUUCGAAAUACUAUCCCGGCCCCUGACAUACCAGCGACAGCACCUAAGCAGCCUUGAGAGGCUCCCCCCAACUCCUCUGCUCGCUGCUGCCAGAAACCUCCCUCUCCUCGUCUUUUCGUCCCAACUCCCGGGCAGCCGCUUUGCAGCUAUCCAGACACUUCUGGGGGAAGCUCCCUCCUCCCCUCGGGCUGGAACUUAACCCUCCUGGAAGGAGUCGGUGGCUGCGCCCUGGAGAGGGAGCUGGAUCUGAAAGCCAGAGCUAGAGCGGACCUUGGAUAUGUCACAAGUUUAUAAAACAAAAGCAACUUCUUUUGGAGAGCCCUAACAGAUGGUGCUACAUUAUAAUGCUUCUGGACGUCGUCUGAUGUGGAACAGGAUUUAAAAGAAAUUCAGUGCCUCACCUUUGGCCUGUCGUCCGCAUUUGCAAUAUGGAGGUGGUGUCGGCGGAAGUGAACAGCUUGCUACCUGAAGAGAUCAUGGACACAGGCGCAACGCUGGAGGAAGAUGAGAACAUAGAGGCUGUAAUUGUGGGUGACACUAUGGAGAUGGAACUGGAAGGAAUGGCAAACGUAAGCUCAGGCAGGGAUUCUGUUACUUCUGGCACGUCGUCCAUCACCACAGAGACCGUCAUGGUGUCCAGCAAUUGUGUAAGCCACGUCAUAGCCAGUACUGCCACUACAAAAGCCGGUACUAGUGUGACUGCACAACCUUCCUUUCAAAGUAGCCUCCAGAAACUUGGUCCUCAGACUCCUGUCACUAUAUCGGCCAACCAGAUAAUUUUAAACAAGGCAACUGACUUGAAAAUUGGCAACCAGACUAUAAAACCAGAAGGGCAAAAGCUCAUUGUAACAACUCUGGGGAAACCUGGGCAGCCCAUUGUCCUGACAUUACCCCACAACCAGCUGUCUCAGUCACAGAAGGCCACGUCGCAGGUGCAAGCAGGUGACUCCAAGCUGCCAGCGCAGCAGUUCAAGGUGGUAACUAUUGGAGGAAGGUCAGAGGUGAAACCUGUCAUUGGUGUUUCAGCCUUGAGUCCAGGGAGCCAGUUGGUAAAUGCUACCACCCAAUCCUCUGUAUUGCAGACCCAGCAAUUAAAAGCAGUGCAGAUUGCUAAAAAAACCAGGACACCCACCUCAGCCCCGGUGAUAACUAAGCUGAUCUUCACAAAACCAAUCAACAGCAAAGCUGUUACGGGACAGACAACACAAGUGUCACCGGUCAUUGCAGGUCGAGUUCUUUCGCAGACCACUCCAGGGACACCUCCAAAGACGGUGACUAUCUCAGAAAGCGGCGUCAUUGGGACUACUUUAAGUUCUGCUAUACAGCAGACACCAAAUAAGAUAGCCAUUUCUCCCUUGAAGUCCCCCAACAAGCCUCCAAGCUCACCCCAGAAAGCAGUUGGUGUUCCUCUAAACGUAGCCCUGGGGCAGCAGAUUCUCACAGUGCAGCAUUCAACACCAUCUUCCCCCGGAAAGGCUGUAGCUAACAAUACAACUCAGGCUGUGAAAUCUGCAGUACAGACCCUUACUAUGGGGGGAGUGAGCACAUCUCAGUUUAAGACUAUCAUUCCCUUGGCAACAGCACCCAAUGUUCAACAGAUUCAGGUACCUGGAAGCAAAUUCCAUUAUGUCCGGCUUGUAACUGCCACAACAGCCAACAGCUCAGCACAGCCAGCCACUCAGAAUCCCAGCAUCAGCACAGCAUCUCUUCAGCAAGCUAAGCCAAUGGUGGUGAAUGCAACCCCCGUGAGGAUGUCUGUCCCAAUUGUUCCAGCAACGCAGGCAGUCAAACAAGUGGCGCCCAAACCAAUUAGCACAACUUCGCAGAUAGUUACUACAAGCCAGCCACAGCAGAGGCUAAUAAUGCCUGCCACACCACUGCCACAGAUCCAGCCAAACCUCACCAACCUUCCCCCGGGCACAGUGCUGGCUCCAGCCCCUGGUGCAGGGAAUGUAGGCUAUGCGGUUCUCCCGGCUCAAUAUGUCACACAGCUGCAGCAGUCAUCCUACGUAUCAAUAGCAAGCAAUGCCAAUCUUAGUGGGACAUCUAGUAUCCAGACCCAAGCCCGCCUGCCAUUCAAUGGAAUAAUUUCCUCCGAAUCGGCAAAUCGCCCCAGAAAGCCAUGCAACUGUACAAAAUCACUGUGUCUUAAGCUGUACUGCGAUUGCUUUGCCAAUGGUGAGUUCUGCAACAACUGCAACUGCACAAACUGCUAUAACAAUCUGGACCAUGAGAAUGACAGACAGAAAGCAAUCAAGGCCUGCCUUGACAGAAACCCAGAAGCCUUCAAGCCUAAAAUAGGGAAGGGGAAGGAAGGCGAGUCGGACAGGCGGCACAGCAAAGGUUGCAACUGCAAGCGGUCUGGAUGUCUCAAAAACUAUUGUGAAUGCUACGAGGCAAAGAUCAUGUGUUCUUCAAUUUGCAAAUGUAUCGGCUGCAAGAACUUUGAAGAAAGCCCAGAGCGGAAGACGUUGAUGCACUUGGCUGACGCUGCUGAAGUGCGAGUCCAGCAACAAACUGCUGCAAAGACAAAGUUGUCCUCGCAGAUUUCAGACCUGCUGACAAGGCCAGCCCCGGUGUUGACCAGCGGAGGGGGAAGGUUGCCAUUUACCUUUGUAACGAAGGAAGUUGCCGAAGCGACGUGCGACUGCUUACUUGCGCAGGCGGAGCAGGCCGAGAAGGCAGGAAAGUCGAAGGCAGUAGCAGAACGGAUGAUUCUAGAGGAAUUUGGACGUUGUCUGAUGAGAAUCAUAAAUUCAGCAGGAAAGUCCAAAAGCGACCCUUGUGCCAUGAACUGCUGACUCUUGAAAUGAGCUGUGGUCUGAACGGGACACUAAAAGGCACAGGGACACUUUUUAGUUCACAUCAGAUGUAGUUUUAGUCCAUUCUUAAUUUGGUGCUGCUUAGUUUUCAUUGGUGUAUGUUAAUAUUGAAGCUUUGUAAUGACGUGUACCUUUUUAGCUUAACACUUUUACUUCAUGCAUAUGGUGUGUAUCUUUGUCCUCUCAACUUCAUGGGACUGCACAGAAUUGAGAUUCUCUCCCCCCCCCCCAUUUCUCUCUUAAAAAACGUUUCUUCUGGCAAUUCUUUUUAAAUUAUUAUUAUUUGCAAUGUAUAGUGUUAUAUUUUGUAUGCAGGUGGGUGGGAAGACAUCCGACAGACAGGUUUUCAGGAACAUCUCUUUGCAAACCCAGUUGAAAUGACAUUUGGCCAGCAUCACAACACAGAUUUUGUUGCAACAGUGAAUAGCAGUACAUCCUUGGAUAAGGCAAUGUUGAAAGGAAGUCAGUUAAAAUAAAUAUUUGCUGGAAAGCAGUAGUUAGCCACAGUCCUGACUGCAGUGGGGAAGUUUAUUGUACAGAUCUUACUAUUAGUAUAUAUUAAGAAUAACGCAUUAUCAGAGCUAGACCCAGAAAUAUUUAACUAUGAUAUACAAAAAAUCAAGGUGAAAAUUUAUAUCAUAGCCUCAAACAGCAUAAAACAACAUUUAUAGUAAGUUUUUUAAAAAUAAUGUAUCACUGUAAUACAUAUUCCAAAUUUUAAUAAACUGUUUUCAUUCGAUUUCAAAGAGAUUAUCAAUAUGUUGUUUGACAAAUUUUAAUGUAGCUAGGGAUUUUUAAAAACAUUUCUGCCAGGUCCCAAAUGUUAGCCAACCCCCUCUGAAGGAUUGAAGGCAAAUAUCUCUCUCUCUCUUGAAUCUAGCUAUCCUUAUAAGGCAGUAAUCAAGUUUCCCUGUAACUUCCUGAUCUUUUUAAGAGUGUGCUCUUUGAGAUAUGUGACUAUAAUUGCCAAAGGAUCUUCUAGUAGCAUUAAUACCACUUAUAUUCAUUGAUACCUUACAACUCCCCCAGAUCAUUUAAGCUUUGUACCCUUCCAGUGCAUGAAGUUGGGGGGGGGGAAUCAUUUAUUGAGUUAAUGAUGUGAGAUGUAAGCAAUGCUUGAUGAUGCUACGUACCCUCUAAAGAGCACUUUGCAAUGUGCCACACCUUUUAAAUUGAUAUAUGGGUGCAAGGGGAGCAUAACUCUUAGUCUAUAUAAAAGGUUACAUGGUUUUGCUCACUGAAAGCCCCAAACCAUUUCCCCAAUAUCCAGAUACCAGCGAGGAUACCAAAAGCACAUGAGUACUCUUGUGCCUCUUGAGUUUCUCAAACAGCAGUUUCCCCUUCCCUCAGACUCCAUAGCAAAUUGUUUUGAAGGGGGAUUUUGAAAAUGAAUUUGCAGUUGGCCUGGCGGGGGGAGGGAGUAAAAAAACAAAACAAAACCCCUUAAGGGCAGCUAAAAUGGCUCUUUGGAUCCCAGCUAGCCAAUGGGAAUACUUAAUGGUUCAAGGGUGUCUUCAAAUGACCUACUUGGGUUUUAUUUUAAAUGUGAUCAGUGAGGUGUUGAGGGUUAAACUUCUAAAGAUGUGGUGUUUUAUUGUGUUUUAACAAUGUGACUGUCACCUGCAGAUUUGAGGUGACAAUCCAACACUGCUUCACUUAAUCCCAUUGAGUUAAACAGAUUUAAGUGCACCUGUGUCUGUUAGAUUGUGGCUGCAGUGCAUCAAACAUCGGAGCUUUCCAUUCAGAAAUUUAUCCAAAGUAAACUGCAUCUGCCUUGCCACUCACUGUGUCAUUUUGUUUCUGUUUUUGUAUACACCUCAAGUUUUAGCUUACUUAUUAAAAAGUAUGUUUUAGCAGUGCAGUGGCUGACACGUCCUAGUAAGACAAAGCUAAACCUCAUAAUUCCUUGGUGGAACAGAACCCCCCACUCCACCCCACCCCCCAUGAAAUAGCAUUAUUUUGGGUGGAGAUGCUUCAAAGCGAAAGCCUUUGUAACAAAUAUUAUUAAAUUGCUAAACACACUUGCAUGGUUUUCUAAUGCAGCAAAUGAUUCAAUCAUUCUAAGUUUCAUGAAUGGAUAUAAAUCUCAUGCUUGAAUUAGCAAGCACUUGCUAUUAUCUUAGUCUGCUCUGUAAUACUUCAGUUCUUUACCCCCAAAGGGACAGCAUAGAACUGUACAUAUAUAUUUUGUUUUGUAACUGUGUAUGUAUACACAUAGCAGGCUGGCAUAUACGUACACUCAACCCUGAAAGGGAAGCUGUUUUUCCUUUUACCAGAAUUGUUUUAUGAGUAGAACUCUUGACUUGGAGUCAAAAGUCAGUGUGUUACCUUUUCAGAGUAGAUGGUGAAGCUCACCUUUUUACUAAUUCCAUAAGUGUCCAUAUGAUAAGAGAUGUAUAAAUGUAAAUUAGUGUAAGUGGAUAAAAUAAUACUUGAUCAAGUUAUUUUUUUGAACAUGCAUACUUUGAUCUAGAACUAAAUAUGUGUUUAAUUUUGUACAUACUCUUGUGUCUUAUUCUAACUUGCACCUUUUGUGAUGUGUAUUUAUAAGUGUGCAGAAAACCUUUUGUGAAGUUUGGAUUCCGGUUGUAGAUUAUGUAUGAUGGAAUUGCGUGUAAAAGAUAUGAAGAAGGUGCAAUCAAAGAUGUACUUUUCUGUCCCCCACUCCCUCCCCCCCUUUAGAACAAGCUCUUUCCUGUAUUUAGCUUGGUUCUUCCCGUCUUCUUACUCCUGCUUUUGUGUUUUUGAACAUGGUUCCCUGCAUGAAACUGCUGAACAAGUUAGUUAAAAUUAACAUCAAGAUACUGGGAGGAAUCUAUGAAACACUCGUGCAGUACAACGUCUCCAAAUUAGUGUUUCUCCUGCAUUUCUGGCAUGAUUGGAAAAUGCCCAGCUGGAAUGCUUUUGUAUCAUACCCAUUGUCGGCAGAUUUUGAGAGGGGAGGGUGUCGGGGAUUAAUUUUCUAGUUCUGGUUUACAUCUAAAAUAGAUUGAAAUUUAUAUUUACUAGACCUAUUCAAAGAAUACACUUUUCUAUAUUGUAAAAACAAAUGUCAGAUAAAUCACAAAGAAAAAAAAUAAAAAGUUUAUACUAUUCUGUA